AUGGAGAAAAACGAGACUGCAAGCAAUGAGCAUGAACACGCUCUCUCCAAGGGCGUGGAGCUGGUGGGCGUUGACGACUACGUGCCCGAUAGCGACGAAGAAAAGAAGCUGGUCCGCAAAAUAGACCUGUACUUGCUUCCUCUAAUCUUUAUCAUGUAUCUGCUCUCUUACAUGGACAGAACAAACAUCGGCAACGCCAAAAUCGCCGGCAUGGACCGCGACCUCGACCUCGACUCCUCCCGCUACUCAGUCGCCCUCGUCGUCUUCUUCGUAGGCUACGUCCUCUUCGAAGUCCCCUCCAACAUGAUCCUAACCCGCACCCGCCCCUCCCUCUACCUCCCCGGCAUCAUGUGCCUCUGGGGCUCUGUCACCAUCGGCAUGGCCUUCACGCCCACCUACAAAGCCCUAAUCGGCUUCCGCGUCGUCAUGGGCGUCCUCGAAUCAGGCUUCGCACCUGGCGUUCUCUUACUGCUCUCGUCGUGGUACAAAAAGGAGGAGCAGAGCAAGAGGUUCGCCGUGUACAUCUCGGCCGCCAUCUUGUCGGGCGCCUUUGGCGGGUUGUUGGCCGGCUCCAUCACGAGCGGGCUUGACGGGGCGCACGGGAUCGCCGGGUGGCGGUGGUUAUUUGUCGUCGAAGGGGCGGCGACGGUGGGCGCUGCGCUGGUUGCGUUUUUUGCGCUGCCUGAUUUCCCGGCGAAUACUUCGUUGAAGAAGUUUAACGAAAAGGAGAGGGAGCUUGCGAUCCGGAGGCUUCAGAGUGCGACGGAACAUCUUAGGACGGAAGAGGAGCCUCGGCUUGGACACUGGGCUGCUUUCAAGCUCAGCAUGAUGAGUUGGAGGACUUGGCUCUUUGUCGUUGGCUACAUGGCCAUCGUCGGCUCCUCAACACUCUCUUACUUCUACCCGACCCUCGUCUCAGGCCUCGGCUACAAAUCCACAGCCGCCCAAUACAUGACCAUCCCCAUCUUCGGCAUCGCCUUCGUCUCCACCGCCGUGACGGGCUACUUCGCCGACCGUCACUCGCGCUUCCGCGGCCUCAUCCUCGGCGCCUGGAUGACCGUCGCCAUGCUCUGCGCCAUCAUCACCUGCGUCGUCUACGACUUCAAGGCGCGCUACGCCCUGCUUGUUAUCAUGGCGUCCGGGCUCUGGGCCUCCAACGGACUCGCGCUGUCGUACGCCUCAGUCAGUUUCGGGUCCAUGCCCAACGAGACGCGGGCCAUUUCGCUGGCGUUUGUGAACGCCAUGGGCAACCUGGCGCAGAUUUACGGGGCGUACUUAUUCCCUUCCAAGGAUGCGCCGAAAUAUCUGAUGGGGUUUGGUGUUAUUAGUGGGUUGUGUUUUACGGGUGUAGUGUCGUAUGUUGCGCUUCACGUUUUUUUGAGAAGAGAGUUGAGGUCGGCAUGAUUGCUCUCGCGUGGGCUGAGUCGCAAUGUAAUAGGAUGAAUUGAAACAUGUCUAGAGAGAUUCUACUCUCCGUAGAACUAAACCACUGGUUUAAAGUUUGACGUUACACAAAAGCAACUGAAAGUGCUUUGU